AUAAAUAAUCAUAGACUAUGGAGACUGUACACAGCACCGAGUUUGAAGAUGAAAACAAGAUUGCAAAGCUUCAUGUUUAUUGAGUAGCAAGAAUAGAAGCUAUGGAAGAUUCGGCAAUUCUAAGAGUUACAACAUAUUUGGAAGAGCUGAGCAACGUAAGAUUUGACCACUUUCCCGGUUUAAUCCUACAAGGCCUCCAAGUCAUUCAUGUUGGAAAAGGAUUCGUACAGUGUAAACUGAUCAUAACGGACCGUGUUUUGGGAGAAGAUGGGACCUUUCACACUGGCGUGAUUGCAGCACUGAUGGAAUUAAUCGGAGCCACUGCGAUAUACUCAGACGGAGGAUCUCAUUCUCAUGCCUCUAUUGAUCUCAACUAUUCGCUAUAUUCAACGGCCAAGAAUAAAGAAGAAGUAAAGAUCGAAGCAAGAGUGGUAGGGAGGAAAGAAGAUCUAAAUUCAGCAGUGAUUGAGAUUCGGAGAGAAUACGAUGAAGAACUCAUAGCCAUGGGGAGGCUACGGAUGGUACAACUUAGCCUCAGUGACAAACACAAUGGUGUUCAUCAAGCUAGCAAGCUUUAAUGGCUCAGAUGAAAUCCAAUUUUUCACAUGUUGCAUAUGCUAUAAAAAUCGAAUUUUGUUUAGCAUCUUUGUUGUAUCACAUAACUCGGUUGAAAAUCAUCAUUUCUUACCCUCGAUAUGUAUUCAAUUAAUUACUAGA